AUGCAACCUCUGCAACUCCUGCGCAACCACACAUGCAACAAGAAACCCGUCAUACUCAAAGAUGCAAGCGACAAUGUUGUGACCAGUGUAGCCGAUGCGUCCACAGUGUGGUUCGAUGAUGAGUCUUUUGCACGCAACACGCCCACAACCUUCCCAAAGAACUCCAGCGACGACACGUAUACGCUUGAUACCCUUAUAUUCCUUGUGCAGAAUGAACAUCUCGACAACAGUGCCUAUUUCAAAGAAUGCCGACAACGAGACAUUGAGCACGUUUCUAUUGUGGAUCGGAAAAAGGUCCUUGAUUACCUUACCGGCAAGGUAGACACCCAACCCACCAAACAAAGCAGCUCCACAGCAGGUGUUCGGAAGCAACGGGAGGAUGUGGAUGAGAUUAAGGGCAAAGCUGACAGCAACAACGAGAACGAGCCUGCGUCCAAACGAGUCAAGUUUGAUGAUAAGCAAUCGCAUGUAUCCAUUGAAAAGUUACGGGAGCGUGAAAAGGUCUUGCAAUCAUCAGCAUCCAUUUUACAAGGCGACAAGGAUUUUUAUACGAUCGUCAAAGCAAUGAAUCCAACCUUUGGCAAAAAUGGUGCAAGCAGCACGAUCCAAAAGUCAUCAUCAAAACCAAGCAAACCAACAAGCAAAGAUCGCAUUCCCAUUAUCAUUGUUCCUGCAGCACCGACAGCCAAGUUUACACUCUUCAACAUUAAGCAGUUUUUGGAGAACUUUGAGUAUGUCGAUCCACAACAGCUACGUGCUCAAGGAAUGAAGAAGCCGGAUCGUGUAUCGAUUGAACGCUAUCGACGAGAUGGUCAAGUGACGGUAUACCAUGUCAUUGACAAUGUGGCACAUCUUAAGCAAAAUGACUGGGAUCGCGUAUGUUGUGUGUUUGCAUCAGGUCAACAAUGGCAAUUCAAAGGCUGGAAAUAUGAAAGACCCAUCGAUUUGUUUUCACAUGUCAAAGGCUUUUAUGCAAAGUGGGCAGAUGAAAGUAUCAAGGGUCCUGCUUCUGGUUGGAAUGUUACACCAUUGGAUAUUUCAAGAUCCCAACGACACAAUGACAAACUCAGUGCAGCCAAGUUUUGGGACGCGCUUGACAAGCACAUGGGCGUACAUCAUCUCUAUGGCAACUACUAG